CUAACCUAGACUGCUACAGAUAGCCCGCAAUACACUCUGACCUAGUUUGUCUGGCAGUUGGUCUUUGACAACAUCUUUGACGACAUCGCGCUUGAGGCAAACUCUUGCGUGCAACUGUUAUGUUGUCCAGCAUCGCGCUUUGACGAAAUCGUUGUAGACUUGCCCUACUACUACCACUGCCUCCGCUACCCCGCGAAACGCGCCAACCAUGGCGUUGCCCGGCGUUCGCGGACGCGCCGUGUCGUAGACGCAAUACGGACGCAACCGGCGAUGGCGGAAAGCCGCAUGCUACACUGCGUGAUAGUAGCGUAGUUUUGAGACGUCAAGCGCGCCGAGUCGUAGACGCAUUACGGACGCAACCGGCGAUGGUGGAGAACCGCAUGUUGCCUAGCGUGUGGAGCUAACGCAGUUAGAGAGGCGCCGCGUGUGUAGAGCUCAGGCAUUUCUGUUGGCGCCGCGCCGAAUUGCAUUGCAUUUCAAGGUAGAGCUCAGGCAUUUCAAGGCAUUUCAAGGCAUUUCAAGGCAUUUCAAGGCAUUUCAAGGCAUUUCAAGGCAUUUCAAGGCAUUUCAAGGCAUUUCUGUUGGCGCCGCGUGUGUAGAGCUCAGGCAUUUCUAUUUCUGAGGCGCCUCAAAAAUAGACACUGCUCAGGCACUCCUCAGGCACUCCUCAGGCACUCCUAUUGGCGCCGCGCCGAAUUGCGCGUUUCUGGCUCGAUGAUCGCUAGCGACUCGGGAGAAUAAAUAAAAAACAUUGCGCGGAUGGCGGGGGGGAGCGGCCCGGCUCCGAUCUUCCUGGUGCUGACCGCGUUGGCGGUCGUACUCGCUAUAGUCUUCCUCCUUUUCGCGGAUGUGCUUUUGAUCGGCCUCUUUGGCCGCUCCUCACUCGAUGCAGCCACGGGAGGCUCUGCCUCCACGUCAGCAUCCACGCCAGCGUCCACGUCAGCGUCCAACGUGUCAGCCAUAUCAGAUCUUCUGCUGCAGGAGGAGAAGCGGCAGCAGCAGCUGCGUCAGCAGCAGGAAGAUAAGGAGAAGCUUCCUCUCUUGACCCUCCUCGUGCUUAGUGCCAACGUUCCGGCAGCACAUGCACCUCUGAUUGUACCUCCUGCUAACGACGCUGCUGCUGUUGGUGGUGCUGGUGAUGGGGCAGCAGCAGCAGCAGCAGCACCACAGGAAUUAUCAGAGGCUUCGUCAGCAGCAGCAGGAGGAGGAGCUGGGACAGCAGAGGCAGAGGCAGGAGGGCUUGUAUCCAAAGGCGAUAGCAGCGGCAGCAGCAGCAGCAGCAGCAGCGGGAGCAGCAGCGGUAGCAGCAGCAGCAGCAGUAGCGGCAGCCACGCUGGUCUGAUUCCAGUGGUGCUCUUUCUACGGGGGAAUCCAGGGUGCAACCGGGGAAGGUACAUGCAGGCCUCCCUGCGCCAGGCGCUGCUGCUCAACACGUGGCUCAUUCUCAUUGGCCCGCGGGCUUGCAGCCAGGAAAUGGGCGAGAUGGGGGUAGAGUUGGAAGUCUAUGAAGAUUAUGAGGGUAAUUCGGGGAUAGAGGAGCGAUUUGUGACGGAGAUAGGGAAAGUUAUGGCCUACCACGUGCGGUGGUUUUUCUUAUAUGAAAUGAUGGUGCGAAGGAAUAUCUCGAGGGUGUUUUACACGGAUAAUGACGUGCUGCUGUUCGUUAAUGUCACACAGUUCGUACAAUCACACCUGCCAGAGGCGAAGCUCUCCCUGGCCAUGCGGUCCAACAGCGUGCGCAUCAGAGCAGUCAGCGGCCACGUCUCCCUCUGGUCUCAAGAGGCUCUGGCGGACUUCCUCGCCUUCUUCAUUCUCUUCUUCCAGGCAAGUGCCAGUUCUGCUGGGUCUGUUGCUAGGUGUCAACACCAGGCAAGUGCCAGUUCUGCUGGGACUGUUUCUAGGUGUCAACAUGGUGCUGCUGGGGUGGCGAUACAAACCACAUGGUCCGUAUUCCUUCUGACACCCUCAUUCCUUUGAGGCACCAUCUCCUGCCCUUUGGGCCCCCCUAUGCAGCAACCAGUGGCGGGUGGAAGGGCCGGAGACUCCGAUUUUUGCCUUCCUUGUUAACUUACAACCACAUGGUGCUGGUGGGGUGGUGCGUCCUUCAUUCCCCCUCUCGCACUCAACCCUGCUCACCAUCUCUAUUUCUAUUUCUGAUUUCUGAAACCCUGCUCACCACCUCUUGCCCUUGGGUCCCCCUAUGUAGCAAGCGGUGGCGGGAGGAAAGCCAGGAGACCCGUCUCUCCCCUCCCAGCGGGCAUACAACGACAUGGUGCUGCUGGGGUGGUAUGUCAGCCACACGUGCUGGACCUCUGCGCCCGACCAACUGCCUAAAACUUGCAAAGACAAGGAGAAGUCUUCUCAGUACCCGCGCCUGCACGGCAAGUUCACUCCGGCCUUCAAGGCCGUGUCCCUGUGCGCUCCAAGGCAGUGCCAAGCCACCGCUUGGAGCGAUCCUGGCUGGUGCGCCUUUGACAACAACUUCUCCCUCACUGGCAAGAGGAAGAAGUUUCACUUCUGCCCGAAGCAAGCCAUGAAGAUUCCGACUUCAGUGCACUACGAGUAUUUUAAACCCUUUGUGGGCAGGCAGCAGAACAAAGGGGAGAGUGUACAGUUUCUGGCUGUACACUUUCAGGGUAGGAAGAAAGCACAACUAAAGGACGAGGAUCCUUGUGUAACAUGGGGCUCUAGCAGGGACUGAAAAUGCUUAUGCUAUCACUUGUCACAAUCCAUACAUAGGUAUUCGCUUUUCCUUCUACCGGUACAUCUCUUUUAUGUCUAUAAGCUGUAUUCUCUA